GUUUUGAGAUCGACUGCUCCUCGCCUCCUCUCACUUCCUCUCUUGUGGUCGUCGUGGGACGGUGUGAGGGAGGAAAUGAGAGAUAGAGAAGGAGAUUUGCAGAGGUGAAGGAACUUCAGUCUUUACUCUAGUCGGUUUAAGAAACGAAACACGCAAGUUGGGGAGUGAGGCAAGCAAUGGCGUUAAGGUGUAGCAGUCUUCCCACCAAGGUAGAGGUAGCUACCCCUCACCAUCUCCACUACUUCCACACCAAAUCCUAUAGCCACCGCCUUGCAUCACUUUGCUGGAGACGCACGUUAUCACAAGACGAUAUCUUCUCUGCAGCGGCCUCUUCCCUAUCGGCGCCGCUUCAACCUUCCUCUUCCCAAGAUAGGUCUUGCAUACCAUUAAGGGUGAAAUGUUCUGCUUCGACGGCAGCAGCAAUCAAUCUGGCUCCAGGAACCCCCGUUAGGCCUACAAGUAUAUUAGUUGUUGGGGCUACUGGAACUCUUGGAAGGCAAGUAGUGAGGCGGGCUCUUGAUGAAGGCUAUGAUGUAAGAUGCCUUGUAAGGCCUCGGCCAGCUCCUGCUGACUUCCUUCGUGACUGGGGAGCAACAGUUGUCAAUGCGGACUUAAGCAAACCAGAGACUAUACCUGCAACACUGGUUGGCAUUCAUACAGUAAUUGAUUGUGCUACAGGGCGUCCAGAAGAGCCUAUAAAAACGGUAGAUUGGGAAGGCAAAGUUGCUUUAAUACAAUGUGCAAAAGCAAUGGGGAUUCAGAAAUAUGUAUUCUUUUCUAUUCACAACUGCGACAAGCAUCCCGAAGUUCCUUUAAUGGAGAUAAAGUAUUGCACUGAGAAAUUCCUAGAGGAGUCAGGUUUAACUUACAUUGUCAUCCGAUUAUGUGGUUUCAUGCAGGCCUUGAUCGGUCAGUAUGCAGUGCCUAUACUAGAAGAGAAGUCUGUCUGGGGAACUGAUGCUCCAACAAGAAUAGCUUACAUGGACACACAGGAUAUAGCUCGACUAACAUUCAUAGCUUUACGGAAUGAGAAAAUCAACAAGAGGCUUCUCACAUUUGCUGGGCCUCGUGCAUGGACAACCCAAGAGGUGAUAACAUUGUGUGAGAGGCUUGCAGGGCAAGAUGCAAAUGUAACCACUGUUCCUGUUUCAGUCUUGAAAUUCACUCGCCAACUGACCCGAUUUUUUCAGUGGACAAACGAUGUUGCUGAUAGAUUGGCAUUCUCAGAGGUUCUUACAAGUGAUACAGUUUUCUCGGUUCCCAUGACUGAGACAUAUAAUCUACUUGGGGUGGAUCAGAAAGACAUUGUGACGUUAGAGAAAUAUUUACAGGAUUACUUCACAAACAUACUGAAGAAACUGAAAGACCUCAAAGCCCAAUCAAAGCAGACCGACUUCUACAUUUGACAAAAAAAAAAGGCUUCUAUUGUUGACCGUAAAUUUCUACAUUUAGGUGUAUAUGUACGAGCACAUGUUUUUUUUUUUUUUUUAAUUCUUUUUCUUGGUAAAACGGACACAUGGUUAAACGAAAGGAGAGCAAUUAAAGAGAGGGAAGUGAAGGUAGGGAAUUUGUUUGGUUUUA